AUGUUUCUGAAUAUAAUUAAAGGAUUAGAAAAAAAUGAUGAUAAAGAAAAUAUAAUAAACAUAAAUACACAGAAACUUUUAGGAGACAAAACAUAUGAAAAAAGAAAAAAAGGAGCACAAGAAAUAGCAGAAGAUAUAAAAUUAUUAUUAUUAAAAGAGGAAGCUGAAGAACAAGAACAAAUAAAUAUAAUAUUAAACCAAAAUAAUAAUGAAGAAAAUAAUAUAAAUGAGUGUAAAAAAAUAUCCGAAUCAGAAAUAAAUAUAAUAUCUAAAUUAAGCGAAAAAAAUGAUAUAGAUAUAAACAAUGAAUAUUAUUUUACUGAAUAUAAUGAUAAUUUAAAAACAAAUGAUAUUGAAGAAAAUAAAGAAAAUGAAAUAGGAAAAAAUAAGGAUCAAAUUAAAUCGCCAAACAUACAUAACGUUAAAUGGAAUAACCAAAAUUCUAAUAGUUUUGGAAUUGUAAACAAUGAUAUCACUAAUGCAACUGAUAAGGAUUUUGAAAAUAAAGAAAAGCCAAAAAUUGCAAAUCGUGAUGAAACAUCAAUAUAUGUAGAAAAUGAAGAAGAACAAUCAAAAUCUAUACAUGAUAAAAAAGAAAGUACACAUAAAGAUUUAAAUGAAGAAAAUUAUAUUUUAGGAGCUGAAAUAAUUAAAAAAUUAUUAUUAGAUAAAUGCAAAGAAAAUUGUGAUAUAGAUAUAGAAAUUGCAAAACCUAACGGAAUAAAUGAUUAUAUAAAAAAUAGUAUAAAAGGAAAUUAUAAUAAUAAAGAAGAAAAUGGAAAUUAUAUUCAAAAUGAUGAUAAUGAAAAUAAAAAAAAAAAUAAAAAAUCUUUGAAUAGCAUAUUAUAUGAACAUGAAAUAUAUCUUGAUCACCUGAACAAAAAAUAUCAAAAUAAAAAAAUUAUGGAAAUAUUAUAUUUUUUGAAUGAAAAAUUUAUUAAAAGUAUUAACAGUUCAGAAAGGUGUGGGGGGUUAAUUUCGCUAGCUUUUAUUUCGAUAAGUUUAGAAAAUAAAAUAAAAUAUUAUUUUUCUGAAAUAUUAAAAAUAAUAAUGUCGUGUGUAAAUGAUUCCGAUUCAAAGGUUCGUUAUUAUGUGUGCGAAAGUUUAUAUAAUCUUUGUAAAGUUUCAAAAAAUAUAGCUUUUAAUAAUAUUGAAGAAAUAUUUAAUUGCUUGUACAGAAUAUUUUCAGACACAUGCCCUAAUGUAAAAACUGGCGGGGCAUUUUUAGACAAUUUAUUAAAAGAUAUGACUUGUUCAUAUAAUAAUAUAUUUAAUGUAUAUAAAAUUAUUUACACAUUAAAAGAUAAUAUACAUAUAGAGAAUACAAAUGUUAGGCAAUUAAUUAUUUCAUGGUUAUUUUUUUUACAAAACAUACCAACUAUAGAUAUAUUUGAAUAUUUUCAUUUUUUUAUUCGAGAUUUGUUUUUAAUGUUAUCAGAUGAAAAUAAAGAUAUUCAAAAACAAGCAAACCAAUGUUUAGAUCUUUAUAUGGAUAAAAUUGUAACAUCAAAUUAUGAACAAUGUAAAAUGUUUUUUAAACAUAUAAUUCCUAUAUUUUUAAAAUUUUCAAGACAUAAAAAUCCAAUUAUUAAACAUAAAUGUUUAUUAUGGAUUUAUCAUUUUAUAAAUAUAUUAAAUAUCCAUUUUUAUAAUAUAUUUAAAUCGUCAAAAAAAAAUAGUUUUUUUAUGAUUGAAAUAUUAAAAAAAAUUAUUUGGUCAACUUCUGAUGUUAGCUUUGAUAUACAUUAUACAGCUCGAAAAUGUAAUGAACUGUUAAUAAAAUUUUUAAAAUUUUCAACUUUAGAAUAUUCAUUAUUAAUAACAGAAUUAGUAUGUAACAUAAUUAAAACAAAAAUUGAAAAUACACCUUCACAAUUUCAAAAUCAUAAACCAUUAUUACUACAAUAUAAUGAUCAAAUGGAUAAACAAAAAUCUAAUAACUCUAAUCAAUUAAAUGCAAAAUACAUUUCUGAUAAAAAAAAAAAAAAUGAAUAUAUAAAUAUAUUAGAGAAUAAAAAUGAACAAUUUUUUAAUAAUAUUAUUAUUUCUGAAAAAACAAAUAUACAAAAUAGUAGUAAACUUGCAUAUACAUUAUCAGACAAUAAAUUUAUAAAUAAAUCAUUUAUUGCUGAUAAAGAAGAUACGAAAUAUGAUUUGAAUAUAAAUGAAAAUGAUGAUAUCCAUUUAGUAAAUGAAUAUAAAUCACAAAAUGAUGAAUUAUUAAAUCGUGUUAAAGAUGAAGAUAUAAAUGAAAAGGAAAGAAAUUCGAAUCUUAUAAAUAAUAAUAACAACAAUUUCGAGGAAAGUAUAGAUAGAAACAUCAAUGCAAAUUGUACAAUUAAUAACAUAAAUCUUAGCGUAAAAAACCAAAGUAUAAUUCAAACUAAUAAUUUAGAAAAAGAUAAUAGUGAAAAAAAUAAACAAACAAAUUCAAAAAGGAGAGAUAGAAGUCAAAGUAUGUGUUCUAGUAUUAUGAAUGAUAGUAUAGACGAAUCCAAAUUUUAUUGUAUAAAUAUGCAAAAUAAAUGGAAUUAUAAUGAUGAAGAAAAAGUAGAAAAUAGUAAUACAGAAUUAUUAGAAUGUGAAAUAAAAAAUUCAUAUAUAAAUAAAAAAAAUGAUAGUAAUAAUUUAGGAAAUGAUAAAAAUAAACAAUUAAAUAUAAAUGAUGAAAAAGAUCAGAAUUAUAAUUUAGGGUUUAUGUAUAAUCAUGAAAGGUUAUUAAAUGAACUUAAAGAAAAAAAAAUAAUAUUGAAAGAUAGUAAAAAAAUGGAAUCAUAUUAUAUAAAUAAAAUAAUUAAAAAAAAAAAAAAUAAUAAUAAUAAUGAUAAUCAAAGUAUGAAUGCUAGUGAUAGCAGCAAUAGUUAUGAUGAUAAUUUGUUUUAUGAUAAUUUAGAAAAAAGAAAUAUAUACCCAAUUAUAAUGUGCUUACAAUGGCUAGCUGAAAUUUUAGUAUAUAAAAGCAAAGAAAUAAAAUCAUAUUAUAAUAAAAUAAUUGAUUGUGUUUUUUUAUGUUUAAAAAAUGAAGAUAAUAAAGUUUUAGUAUUAACACUUACAGUUAUUUCAGCGAUGUGUUCCACUGUUGAAAAUAAAUUCAAUUUUUAUGAAAACAUAAGUAGAAAUUUUAUUAAUUUGUUUAAACAAGAUGAAAGUUUAUUAAUACGUAAAGGAAAAGAAAUAAUACAACAUGUAUCUCGUUGUUUGAAUAAUAAAAAGUUUUUUGGAUAUUUAUGUUAUUUUUUAAUAUAUGAAUCAGAUUAUAUAUUUGUUAAUAAAAUGGUUCAAGUAUUAAAUUGGAUAUUAUUAACAUCAAAUGAAACAAAAUAUUUAAGAAAUUCUUUAUUAUUUCAAAAAGAUAAUUAUCCCUUAUUUUCAAUUAUAUUAAUUGCUUGGCUUAAUAAUUCUUUAUGUGCAAUAUCUUUUUUAUUAUGGUUACAAAAAUAUGAGUUAGCUUAUUUUAUUUGCUCUUAUUUAACACUAUUAGAUAUUAAUUCCGAUUUUUUUCAUCAAUUAGAUAACUUUAUUUUUUUAUUUGAAUCUCCAGUUUUUUCAAAACAAAGAUUGCAUCUAAUAUAUCCAAAAAAUUAUCCAUUUUUAAUCAAAUCAUUGAUGAUUCUAUCCUUAAUGUUGCCUCUUAACACAUCUAACAACAUAUUACAAAAAAGAUUGCAAAUUUCACAACUGUCUAUGUUAACAUACAAUGAGCAAGUAUCAACAUUUUUCGAUUCACAUAAUCAUAAUGCACAUUAUUACAAUAGUAAUAAAAUAGAAAAUCGAUUUUCUUCUAAUUCUGUUAAAAAUACAAAUAAUGAUAUUGAAGAAUCAAAUAAAACAGAAAGCAUCAAACCACAUAAUAAUGAACAAAAUAAUUUCGAAUUAAAUGAAUUGUUUAAUUUGGAAAAUGAUGAAAUAAUAAAGGAAAAUAGUAUAAUUGAAAAAACAGAGGCAGAAAAAAUUAAUGAAGAACAACAAUGGAAUAAUAAGUACUCUCAUUUGCUUAACAAUAUAAAAACUUAUCUUUUAAAUCAAGAUAAUACACCAAAUAAUAAUAUAUUUGACGAAAAUAAAGAACGAAAUGAAUUUAUAAACAUUUUUAAAGUCAUAUUGAAAAAACAUAGUCUAGUAAAAUAUUACAAAUAA